AUGUCUAAGCGGCGUGUAGGUAAUGUUGCCAGACCCAAUGGCUUGCCCAUUGGACGAUCAAAGGAGGAUGCUAACCUUUUGGAGGCUUUAAAGCUCUACGAGGCUAAAAACUACAAAAAAUCGUUGAAGUUGGUGGAGACCAGUUUGAAGAAAAACUCGCAACAUACGGAUUCGUUGGCUUUAAAGGCGUUGAACCUGUACUGCACCGACCAGAAAGAGGAGGCAGAAACUUAUGUGAAUAGAGCUCUUGCAAAAGGUACUGUGGGUGGGCCAUCACCUAUUGGACUUCACAUAUUAGGAAUUUACAUGAGAAACAAUAAACGAUACUCCGAAGCUGCCAAGUUUUUCCAAUCUUCCCUAGACAAUGGAUCGAAGAACAAGCAGAUUUAUCGUGAUCUAGCAACGCUCUACGCGCAGGAACACGACUACAAAAAUCUGCUAAGGGCUCGUCAAAGCUAUUGGGAAGAGUUUAUGGGAUACCGGGCCAAUUGGACGUCGCUGGCUAUCGCACAUGACUUGAAUGGCCAGCCACAGGAGGCCUCCAAUGUGCUCUCAAAAUUGGAAGAACUAGCCAAGGGGAAGCUUGGCGAAGCUGAGCUUUACGAGCAUAACGAGUGUCUCAUGUACAAGAACGAUCUUCUUUUCCGUGCUGCUGGAGAUGACAAAGAUAAGUUGCAGCGUGUCUUCAAACAUCUGGAUGAAAUCGAACCGGAAGUGUUUGACAAGUACGCUUGGCUCGAAAGGCGUGCCAGUCUAUACAUGAAACUUGAUGAGAAAAUGAAUGCUUCAAAAGUUUAUCGGACUUUGAUAAAGAGAAAUCCAGACAAUUUCCGUUACUACAGGCUUCUAGAGAUCGCCCUGGGUGUCCAGAAUGACGAUCAACGCCGCAGCAUCUUAUACAGUAACCUUGAGAGGUUCUAUCCUCGUGCUGAACCACCUAAAUUCAUCCCGUUGACUUUUAUCAAGGACGAAGAAACAUACACUCAAAAGCUAAGUGAAUACCUUUUGCCUCAAAUUGAACGUGGUGUUCCUGCCACUUUCAACAACGUCAAGCCCUUGUAUAGAAAAGACACCGAGCGUACUUCCAGACUAGCGGGGAAAAUUGUGCUUACGUUCCUAGCAAAUAUCGAUCAUAAGCAGUCUCCGCUCGCAUUCGUGUGGGCCAACUAUUACAUGUGUCAGCAUUUCAUGUUUUUGAAGGACUUCGCAAAGGCCAAAGAGUACAUUGAUGCAGCUUUGGACCACACGCCCACCAUGGUGGAACUUUACAUUUUGAAAGCAAGAGUUUUGAAGCAUGCUGGACAUCUUGUAGAUGCAGCUGAGACGGUAAACGAAGGCAGAAAACUGGACUUGCAGGAUAGAUUUAUCAACACCAAAACAGUGAAGUACUAUUUGAGAGCAAACCUUAUCGAAAAAGCUGUCGAAGUUGUGUCCAUUUUCACAAAAAACGAUGGAUCAGUCAAUGGAGUUAUGGAUUUGCAUCUAAUGGAAGCUUCGUGGUUUGUCGGUGAACAAGCAGAAUCAUACUACCGAUUAUACUUGGCUGAAAAACAGAAAUUGAACGAGUUAAAAGAGAGCGAUGUGAGCACUGACGAGGAAGCUCAAUUGGAGCGUGCAAACCAGAUCCGUCUUCUAGCGUAUGAGACUUCAAAGUUUGGCGGUCUAGCUUUGAAAAGAUGGACUGCGAUUGCCAAGUUUUUUAAGCAGUUUGAGGACGACCAGUUGGAUUUCCACUCUUACUGUAUGCGGAAGGGCGUUCCCAGAGCUUACUUGGAAAUGUACCAUUGGGGAAAGUCCAUCUUUACUUUACCAAUGUAUGUGAGGGCUACCAAGGGCGCUGCCAAGCUUUAUUUCGAUCUUUACGAUUCGCACGUUAAGUCUGUAGAUGACGAAAAUGAAGAUGGGGAGUCAUCCUUGGCUAAAAAGAACUCCAAAAAAGCUAAAAAAGACGCUGCUGCUUUGAAAAAACGUAUUGAUGAGGACAAGAAAACGACUUUGACUGUUGAGAAAGACAAUGACAUUUUGGGUGAAACCCUCAUUUCAACCACAACCCCAUUGCAAGACUUUUACGACAAUUUUUACGCAAAUUUCGCAAAGGAAGCUACAGACACCACCAGGGACUUUAUCCUGGAAUUCGAAUAUCAGCUGAGAUGCGGGAAACUUCCUCUCUGUGUGGGAGCACUAGCCAAAUUUGCCGAUAUCCAUGGUACAACUAACAGCACCGUUGGCACGAUGGUUUUAAGUGUUUUGGAGAAGAUCAAGUUUUCCACUGAAAUUGACGAAUUGACGAAAAAGCUUGCAUUGAAGGGUUUGGAGCGCCAAUUCUCCUCGCUACCAUUGGACCAACUUGAAAAUGAAACUUUUGACUGGCUCGAGUAUUUUCAGCAAUCCUUCGAUGCCCCGACUCUCGAAGCACUGUUAUUGUUGCGUCGUUCUGUUUCUCAGAUCGUCAGCUCCGAUGCCGUCAAACAAUUGAUCUUGGAAAAUCUUGGGUCGCAGGAGCCGACUGUGCAGGAUUCCGUGUUGAAAUACCAGCUCAACUAG